AUGCGUAAUGCGCUGUACGCUGUUGGAGCGCCGAUUCUGCAAAGCGCUACCUCGACGAUACUUGGUGUCUCGUUUCUCGCUUCUGCCGAGUCAUACGUCUUCAGGAGCUUUCUGAAGACAAUAUUUCUCGUCAUUCUAUUGGGAGUUCUACAUGGUCUUGUGAUCCUUCCAGUCCUACUGACAAUGUUCCACUGCUCGUGCAACAGCACCAAGUCCGAUGAGAACAAGGAUCCCGUGCCUCCACUGAGUCAUGAAAAGACAAUAUCUCGACCAUCACCACCUUCUGUUAAAUAUCUGGCCAGUCCUGAUGCCUUCAAGUUACCACCUUUUGAGUUUUCGCCGUCCUACACUGAAUAUCUGAGGGAUCUUAGUAGACCUCCCGAAUAUAACGAGGCCGCUGCACCUUAUCCAAUGCGAGCUAGACUGAAGUACGCAAAAAGUCCUAAACUUCAUUGUGAUCGUGAAGUUGAGUAUUCCUACCACAAUCCUAACAGGCAACCUCGGUGA